GAUGGCUCUUUCCUUUGUUGGUAAUGUCCAAUCGUGUCGUCUGCUGGAAUUCCAAUACAUUUCAGUCAUUUCUUGUUUCGUUUUAGUCAUGGCUCUCCAACUGCGUCGACUUUCUCUUGGCCUCGCCAAGUUCCAGCAGGCCAGAAAUGCUUCCAUCCUGACAUCUUUACCUGAGACCCAUGAGCUUUUGAGGAAGACUUGCAGGGACUUUGCAGAGGCUGAGCUCAAGCCAAAUGCUGCCCGAUUUGACAAGGAGCACCUUUACCCAAAGGAGCAGAUUCUUAAAAUGGGCGAGCUUGGAUUGAUGGGCAUUGUCGUCCCAGAAGACUUUGGAGGUGCGGGUCUAGACUAUUUGGCUUACGCAGUGGCCAUUGAAGAAAUUUCAAGAGGAUGCGCUUCUGCCGGAGUGAUUAUGAGUGCCCACAAUUCAUUGUAUUUGGGUCCCCUUCUCAAAUACGGCAAUGAUCAGCAAAAGAAAGAUUGGGUUCAGCCAUUCGCUGGUGGAGACAAGAUUGGCUGCUUCUCACUCAGCGAACCAGGAAACGGUAGUGACGCCGGUGCAGCAUCCACAACAGCUGUCACAUCUGCCGACGGAGGCUGGACGUUGAAUGGAACCAAAGCCUGGAUUACUAACGGUUACGAGUCUGAGGCCACCGUUGUCUUCGCCACCACAGACAAAUCGCUCAAGCACAAAGGCAUCUCGGCUUUUGUUGUCCCCAAACCCACGCCGGGCCUAUCGCUGGGCAAGAAAGAAGACAAAUUGGGCAUUCGCGGUUCUUCCACUUGUAACCUGAUAUUCGAGGACUGUCACAUACCCAAGGACAACCUGCUGGGCAAGCCUGGAUUAGGCUUUAAAAUUGCCAUGAGCAUAUUAGAUGGCGGAAGGAUCGGCAUCGCUGCCCAGGCUUUGGGUAUUGGACAGGCGGCCUUAGACUGUGCCGUCGACUACGCCAGCAAGAGGAAAGCCUUCGGCCAGCCAAUUACUAAACUUCAAUCGAUCCAAAACAAAAUUGCCGACAUGGCCUUACAAUUAGAAAGCGCCCGGCUCUUGACAUGGCGGGCGGCAGCAUUGCAAGACGAAGGCAGGGCUUUCAUCAAAGUACUAUUCUUUUUAACUAAUACCUUUUUUCUAUCGCUAAAGAUGAUUCACUUCGCUUUCCAGGAAGCGGCCAUGGCUAAAUUGGCGGCCAGUGAAGCUGCAACGUUCAUCUCUCAUCAGGCCAUUCAAAUCCUGGGUGGAAUGGGCUACGUUUCAGACAUGCCAGCGGAACGUCAUUACCGGGAUGCUAGAAUCACCGAAAUUUACGAGGGAACUUCGGAAAUUCAGAGAUUAGUCAUCGCCGGCAACGUGCUGAAAGAAUAUGGUGUUUAGAAAUUCGGUGGGGUUAUCAGGUUGAAAAAGAAUAUUACGUUAUCAAUGCAAUUUGUUUUUUCUUCUAUUUUACAUUACACAAAUGGAUAAAAAACGCGAAUAAUAAAAAAAAAUGAAUUAGAUCAUAA